UAUGCAGCCCAGUUCAUCGCCAGACAGACGGGUAAUAUAUGGCCCCCGCUCCUGCCUCACACACACACACACACACACACAGACACACACACACACACACACAUGCACACUCUCUGACACACACACACUCAAACAAAUACACAACCACAUUAGACUUCUCUGCAGAACUAAACUGAGCUGUCUGCAUGUUCCUCACUCAGAUUCCACUCGCGCUCGCCUCUGUUUCCUUUGGAUGCAACGCGCCGCUGUAGGAAAGGAAGCUGCGACCGCUCCGGAUGCCAAGGUGAGGAGGAAGCAAGGAGACGAGGAAACAGGGAGAAGCACAUUCCAUCACAGAGCUCCCGCGGAGCUGCUGCAGCAGGGACGAGCCUCCCAGCCGUGAUUUCUUAUCGUGGAGAAGGCAAAAGCGGGCGAGGAGUGUGCAGGAAUGAGUCCGCUGAGAGGUUUCCCCUGGCUUUUGAUUCUCCUCUCCGCAGCAGCUGUGUGUGCAGGUGUGGGUGGUGCAAAGGUGGACAACGCGUCGUCCGAGGUCUGUCGUCAUCCAUGUGAGGAGCUGCUGGGGCUGCUCACUGAGAUCCACGGCCUGCGGAUCGUCACCAGCAACCUGCUGGAAGACCUGGAGAAAGUCUCAAGAGAAAAUGAGGAGAUGCGGAUAUCUUUGUUCGAGCUGAGCACCAGCAACAGCGGCAGCAGUGGCAGCAGCAGUGGCGGUGGCCGUGGAAAUGGUCGUGGCAAUGGCCGCAGUCGAAGCCAUGGCCGCGGUGGUGGUGGUGGCGGUGGUGGUGGUAGAGAUGGCAAUGUUGAUGGCCAUGGCUACAGUGAUGGUGAUGGUCGUGGCUACGGUGAUGUUGAUGGCCGUGGCUACGGUGACGUUGAUGGCCAUGGCUACGGUGAUGGCCAUGGCCGUGGCUACGGUGGUGGCGAUGGCCGUGGCUACGGUGGUGGCGAUGGCCGUGGCUACGGUGGUGGCGAUGGCCAUGGCUACGGUGAUGGCGAUGGCCGUGGCUAUGGUGACGUUGAUGGCCGUGGCUACGGUGGUGGCCAUGGCCGUGGCUACGGUGAUGGCAAUGGCCGUGGCUAUGGUGACGUUGAUGGCCGUGGCUACGGUGGUGGCCAUGGCCGUGGCUACGGUGGUGGCGAUGGCCGUGGCUAUGGUGACGUUGAUGGCCGUGGCUACGGUGGUGGUGAUGGCUAUGGUGAUGGCGAUGGCCGUGGCUAUGGUGAUGGUUAUGGCCGUGGCUACGGUGAUGGCGAUGGCUACGGUGAUGAUGAUGGUGAUGGUGAUGGCUAUGGCGAUGGCGAUGGCGACGGUUAUGGCUAUGGUGAUCAUGACGAGCUCGACAGAGACAGAGACGGGGAGGUCUGGUGUAUGCAAGACGGACGAAUAUACGAGCAGGGGGACGACUGGGAUGUCGACAGCUGCACCUCCUGCACUUGCCAGGACGGGAAGGUGGUGUGUCAGCAGGUGUCUUGCCCUCCGGUCUCCUGCAUCAAUCCCUCCUUUAUUGAUGGACAGUGUUGCCCCGUCUGUCUCAAUAACGGAGACGGCUGGUCUCCGUGGUCCGAGUGGACGGCGUGCUCGGUCACCUGUGGCCGCGGAGGGCAUCAGAGGGGCCGAUCCUGCAACGGCAUCACGCCUAAAGACUGCACCGGCCCGUCGGUCCAGACCCGCAGCUGCAUGGAGACGAAGUGUGACCGCAAGGCGCGUCCUAAUGGGAACUGGGGCCUUUGGUCCCCGUGGUCUGCGUGCACGACCACGUGUGGCGAGGGAAACAUCACGCGGGUCCGUCUCUGCAACAACCCCCCACCGCCAAAAGGAGGUCGCGGGUGCGCCGGCAGCGACAGGGAGACACAACCUUGCAACAACACACUCUGCCCCAUUGCCGGAGGCUGGACGAGCUGGACCGAAUGGUCGGUGUGCUCAGAAACGUGCGGGGGAGGUCUUACAAGUCGGGAGCGGCAGUGUGUGAACCCCGCCCCUCAGCACGGUGGGAAGCCUUGUGCUGGAGUUGCUGUGGACUAUGAAGCAUGCAACAAACAACCAUGUCCUUUGGAUGUAUGUUUGCUGUCGAGUCCGUGUUUCCCCGGGGUGGAGUGCACAUCACACAGUGAUGGAUCUUGGGAAUGCGGGCGAUGUCCGUUGGGCCUGAGCGGCAACGGCACUCACUGCGAGGAUGAGAAUGAGUGUGAAGUGGAGGAUGUGUGUGUCACAGGGUGUGUAAACACAGACCCGGGGUACUACUGCAUGCCCUGUCCUCCCCGCUAUAAAGGCACCCAGCCGUACGGCCUCGGACUGCAGGCAGCCCACGAAAACAAGCAGGUGUGCGAACCGUACAAUCCCUGCAAAGAUAACACACACACCUGCCACAAGUACGCUGACUGUUUGUACCUGGGCCUGGCAUCUGAGGUGUUGUUCAAGUGCAUGUGCGCCGUCGGGUUCGCGGGCGAUGGCUUCCUGUGUGGCGAAGACUCUGAUCUGGAUGGCUGGCCCAACAAGAGAUUGCCCUGCAAGCAGAACGCAACGUAUCACUGCCAGAAAGAUAACUGCCCCACGCUACCGAACUCUGGACAGGAAGACCUGGACAAGGACGGACAGGGAGACGCCUGUGAUCCCGAUGACGACAACGAUGAUAUCAUGGACGAGAGGGACAAUUGCCCGCUGGUGUACAACCCUCGGCAGUUUGACUCUGACAGAGACGGGGUCGGCGACCGCUGUGAUAACUGUCCCUUUGAUAGCAACCCGCUUCAGACAGACACUGAUGAUAACGGAGAAGGAGACGCCUGCAGCAUCGACAUUGAUGGAGACGAGAUUCUGAACGAACGUGACAACUGUCCCUUAAUCUACAACACUGACCAGAGGGACACAGACCUGGAUGGGGUUGGAGACCAGUGUGACAACUGUCCCCUCCUACACAACCCACGGCAGCUCGACUCUGACAGUGACCUGGUCGGGGACAUGUGCGACAACAACGAGGACAUCGAUGAGGACGGCCACCAAAACUCUCUUGACAACUGUCCCUACAUCGCCAACAGCAACCAGGCGGACCACGACAAGGACGGGAAGGGAGACGUCUGCGACCAUGACGACGACAACGACGGCAUCCCUGACGACCGGGACAACUGCAGGCUGGUGCCAAACAGGGACCAGCUGGACUCUGACGGUGACGGUAGCGGGGACGCAUGCUUUGAUGACUUUGACAACGACAGUAUUCCAGAUGCGCUGGAUCCCUGUCCGAUGAACCAGGAUAUCGGGUCCACAGACUUCAGGAAGUUUCAGGUUGUGUUGUUGGACCCGAAAGGCACCACGCAGUCCGACCCUCUGUGGGUGAUCCGCAGCCAAGGCACCGAGCUGCUGCAGACGGCCAACUCUGAUCCUGGCAUCGCUUUAGGAUACGACAAGUUCAGCUCGGUCGACUUCAGCGUGACGUUUUACGUGAACACCAACCGAGACGAUGACUUCGCAGGCAUCGUGUUCGCCUACCAGUCCAGCCGACGCUUCUACGUCGUCAUGUGGAAACAGGUAUCUCAGGCUUACUGGGAGAAAAAGCCGUCCAAAGCUUUCGGCACAGCGGGCGUCUCGAUCAAGCUGGUCAACUCCAGCACAGGGCCGGGAGAGUAUCUGCGCAACGCCCUGUGGCACACCGGAAACACCCGACACCAGGUCAGAACAUUGUGGCACGACCCCAAUAAAAUCGGCUGGAAGGACUUCACCGCCUACCGCAUGCACCUCAUCCACAGACCCAAGACCGGGUUCAUCAGGGUGGUGGUGUACGAAGGCCGGGAUAUUCUCUCGGACUCGGGGGCGGUGUACGACCACACCCUGGCUGGCGGCAGGCUGGGACUGUUUGUCUUCUCUCAGGAGCACGUCAUCUUCUCAGACCUCAGAUAUGAGUGCAGGGAUAACUGAGCAACCCGACAGAAGAUCCACAUUCAUUUCAGAAAAGAAAAUCAUCUUAAUACAACUUAGGAGACGGAGAGAGGACGCACCGGAACCCGACGCCUUUAUCCUGCCAGAACUAUCAACUAGUGACCGUCAACUAUCUAUCCAUCAGCUUUUCAUUCGCUGUAUAUUACUGUAAGACUCUCACAGCACCUCUAGUGACAGUAGCCUCUUGUUGCUUUUCAUUUGCUUUUUUUUUUUUUUUUUUGCUAAAUGGUUGUAAAUAAUUAUUUAUUGCCAGA